AUGUCUUCAUCAAGCACAACAACUUCAGCGAGUGUUCAAAAUGAAAUAAACACUAUCAAUUCAAUAAUUGUCAUAUCGACGCGGUAUUGUUCCCUGAUUAUCAUCGUACUUGGUGUUGUUUGCAAUCUCUUGAAUAUAUAUGUGUUUACACGACCACAGUUAAGACGAAAUCCAUGUUGCAUGUAUUUUCUAUCAUCAUCUAUCACGACACUCGUUUAUAUUGUCAUUAACGUGCCACUUCGACUUCUACAAAUGGGCUUUAACAUCGAUCCAAUGCUCGAUUCACUGAUAGCUUGCAAAUUUAAAUAUUUUUUUACAUAUACAUGGAGAUCAUUAUCGGUUUGGUUUCUUGUUCAUGCUUCAGUUGAUCGAUUUCUACAUAGUUCAUCCAAUGCUAAUGUUCGCCGAUGGAGCAGUUACAAGAUCGCCCGUCUGGUUAUUCCAUUAACAUUUCUCGUUGCUCAACUUGCAUAUGCACAUGUGUUGGUUUUCUAUGAAAUUCUUACAUCACCGCGACGAACCUGUUCAAUUGGAAACAAAGCCUACAAUAUAUUUCUUGGAAUCUGGCAUGUGAUCACAUAUGGCACAGGUCCAGCUUUGCUGAUGCUCAUCUUUUCCUUGUUGACAAUUCGACACGUUCGACAAAGACGAAUUAUACCGACAGCAAGUCAUUCGAUUGAGGAAAAUCAGCGUUCGAGCGGUGACAAUCAUUUUCUUCGGAUGGCGCUUGCACAAUGUGUAUUUAUUGCAAUAGCAACAACUAUAUAUGCUGUUGGCCAAUGGUACACAACAUUAACAGCAGAGCAAAGCAAGAGUAGUCUUCAAGUAGCCAUAGAUAACUUAUUUUAUUUUUGGACUGGAACUAUUUCAGCAUUUGGUCACGCUACAACAUUUUUCAUAUUUACUUUGAGCAGUAAAUUCUUUCGAGAACAGUUAUUUCGUCGUCGUCGAGGGAGAAUUUACUGA